AUGCUUCUCUUAAUUCUUUUGUUCAUAACAAUUUCAAUCUCAUGUUUUGCUAUUAGUCAAAAACUUAGAAAAAAAAUUACAAAAAAAGGGAUUAAACAAAUUAGACCAAUUAGUAAUGGAAUGAACAGUAGAGAACCUUUAAUUGGUGGGGAGGUUACGUUGAGUGAUGGAACUAGGUUGAAGUUGACUGAGAUGGAAAUUACUGAGAAAAUUGCUGAGGGACGUUUUGGACAAGUUUAUAAAGCAAGAAUUGGAGAUAGAUUUUUGGCUGUAAAACAAUUUGUGGAUAAUGGAGAGGAUAGUUGGACUAAUGAAAUGGAUAUUCAUUCAAUGAAAUCAAUUUCAAAAAAUGAUAAUAUUGCCGAAUUUCUUGGUGGAUUUUAUUUUGAAAAGAAAUAUAUGUUAUUAAUUAAAUUUUAUUCAAAAUGUUCUCUUUUUGAUUAUUUGAAGGUAAUGCCUAAAUAUUCUGGUUUAGACAUCUAA